UAACGUUUGUACGUCCUCUCCCGUUAAUGCGGCAGGUAAAUAGGGCUUUGGAGCGUGAUGUCACAGGAGGCGGGCCACGCCCCCUGCUGCCAUGUCAGUAGGCCAGACAAAGGAUACAGCUUCAGCUAUGGUUCGUACGUGUUGUGUAGUCGGUUGCAACGUUAGAUCUCACGAUCGUAAAGGCAAUAAACUGGAUAAUGGGCUAUCUUUUCAUCAUUUUCCAUCCUGGCGGCAACGUGAGGGAUCCCAUGUAUCCGAUAUCACCAAACAAAGACGCCAGGCAUGGAUUGCAGCGGUGAGAUGAGCGGAUAUCGAGUUCCGUGCAAUCCCCAGCUUUUUGUUGGUUUGCUCGCGGCAUUUUCUCUCCGCAUUAUUGCAGGCAAACCAUCAUAUGAAAUGGAUGUAACAAAUCCAGACUGGGCAUGAACACUGCACAUGGGGCACGACGACAAACCUGUGUCAGACUCGGACCGGCACGCAAGGCGUAUGCAGCGGAAGCGAAAAAGAGCACCCAUUGCAGGUAAACCCCCCCCUCUAAAACAUACUAAAUUGCUCUUAUGGUACACUAAUCCGCACAUAACUUAAAGAUGAAUCACACACCUGUCAUUGGAAUAUUGAUGUACAUUAACCUUAUGUCUAUGCACUAUUUCUUUGUUACAGACUUGAUGAUCGAUGAAGGUCUGACAGAAGAACAACAACAAAAUAACCAUGUCAUGGAGGCAGUGGACAGCAGUUGUGUUGGACAAGUGGAGGUUGACGUACUAGCUGCAAAUGUGGACAGUGGUGAUGGGAGUGACAGCGUCACGGAAGGUGAAGGGCAGACGAAGGAUUGUGUGUGCAGUCAACAGGGCAGAGCAGAAAUAAACCGGCUGUUGGAGGAGAACAGACUGCUUCGAGCACAGUUGCAAAAGACAGAGCUGAAUGAAACUUUCUUAAAGGACGAUACCGAAAAAGUAAGAUAUUACACUGGACUACAUUGUUAUGCUGUCUUAAUGUCCCUCUUCAACACUGUCAAAGAUUUCCUGCCAAUAUCGAAGAAACUGACAGGUUUCCAAAUGCUCUUACUCACACUAAUGCGUCUGAGACUUGAUCUUCUAGUCCAGCAUCUUUGUCAUCUAUUCGAUGUGUCCCACAAAACACUGUCUUCUGUCUUCACCGAUACCAUUGAUGUUUUGUAUGCCCGCUUAGGAGCACUGGUGCACUGGCCUGAGAGGCACUGUCUGCAGGCCACAAUGCCUCCACAGUUUACUGAAACUUUUGGAAAACGAGUAGCCAUCAUUUUAGACUGUUUUGAGAUUCAAACAGAAAGACCAUCUAAUUUAAAGGCAUGCGCACAAACAUACUCUCAUUACAAGGGUACACACACCAUAAAAUACCUCAUUGGGAUUACACCCCAUGGAGCUAUUUCUUUCAUUUCCAGGGGAUGGGGGGGUCGUGCAUCAGAUAAACACAUCACAGAGAGAUGUGGCAUUCUUCAAAAGCUGUUACCAGGGGACAUAGUAUUGGCUGACAGAGGCUUUGACAUCAGAGAUGCUGUAGGAAUGAUGUGUGCGGAGGUCAAGAUUCCAGCUUUCACAAAAGGCUACUGUCAACUUGAUGCAAGGGACGUUGAACAAACGAGAGCAAUUGCCCACCUGAGAAUUCAUGUUGAGCGAGUAAUAGGUAGUUUGCGCAACAAGUUCAAAAUGUUACACACUACAAUGCCAAUCCGAUUACUCUUAUCAUGUGAGGGUGAAGACACAACACUUCUUGAUAAGAUCGUUAAGGUUUGCUGUGUUUUUGUUAAUAUGUGCCCCAGUGUUGUUGUCAAACCUGGGCCAAGUGACACUUGCUCCUGUUGAGUAUUCUUACAGCUGUUUUUUUGAAUG